CUUGAAAAUUCAAAAUCCAGAAUUUAAAGAUUUGAGAUCGCCCGCUCAAAUCCGCAAUUUGAAACACACCAAAGCAACCAGUCUCCAGUAGUCGAGUGAUAACAAUUCAGUGACGCGCACCUCUCUCCUAGUUCAAAUCAUAAACCCUAACCCACUCGAAAAGCCGAUUUGGAUCAUCCGCUGUCCGUACAUUGUCGAAUCGAGCUCUAAUGGCUGAUUCUGAUUCUUCGCCAUCUUCUUCUCCCUCGCCCACUGCCGCUGCUCCUCUGUCGUCGAAAAAGGAGAACAUGGAACCUAUUGGCUCAAAGAUUGCUGAAUUGAGUGAAUCGCGAUCGGAGCUACUUACUAGAAUCCAAGGCCUGAAGCAGGACUUACAGAAUUGGAGGUCUAAGUUAGACACUCAAGUUAAGAUCUACCGCGAUGACCUUUCAGAGCUCAAGAAAUCUCUCAAUGUGGAAGUGGAGCAGCUUAGAUCGGAAUUUAAAGAACUGAAGACCACUCUUCAACAACAACAUGAGGACGUGACAUCCAGUUUAAAGAAUUUGGGGUUGCAGGAUUUGUCAGAAGCUGCCAAGGGGGAGGCCCAAGAUACACAAAUAGAAGGGAACACUGAAGUUCUUGCUCCAACUCCAACCCUAAACCUAGGGGAGAACGGCAAGGAAAUUUCACAUUAAAUUGGUAUCUUGAUGGACAGUUCUCAUCUAAAGAUGUGCGUUAAUCUUGGAAUUCAUUUACACAUAUGAUAGGAAGGUUGCCCAUUUCCUUGGGUAAUUUUCAUCACUUAGAAGGCAAACUGUUGGCAAGUUAGGAGCGACAUGAAUGGUUGUCAUGAACCCUGAGAGAGUUACAUUUGAAUUCUGCUUGUCUUGAAAAUGAAACCUUUUGCUACUGAUUUGAAUGAUUUUAUCUUCUUUA